AUGUCAGCUGGACUUGAUCUGAAUAUCUCCACGCCAGAAAAGAAGCAGGAAGCCUUCGAACAAGCCGUGGCCCUGACCCUGCACCUCUGGCCCGCUUUGACCCUCGCCGUCCAGAACAACUGGUCCGACAACAGCGGUGAAGACGUGAGAGACUGGUUCGCCGGCGCAAUUGUCGAGCUCUUCCCUACCUUCCCUGACCUCGCCAAGUUCUCGGCCAAGUUGGCGCAAAACCAAGGUCUCAAGCGACCCGAGAACCUCGAAGAGCCUUACCAGGAGGACGUCGAGACAAGAUGCCUGCAAAUCAUGGCCGACGAGUUCAACAUUGAUGUUGACGACGAUUCCGGUUACGAGAUCUCAGAGCAAAUAAUGCAACUCCGGGCGCAGUGCACCAAGGGACAGUUCGACGACGUGGAGAAGCUCAGGGAGAAAUGGUCGGCCGGAAAGGGAAAGAAGGUUGUCAUGAAGCAGGCGCCGGAUCAAGACCAAGACACUGACUGGGAGGAUGAAGACGAUGACAGCGAAGACGGCGACGGCGAUGUCGAGAUGGGAGAUGCACCUGGCCCAGCCCCCAAGGAGAAGCCCCAACCCGAGGUGGACGACGAUGGAUUUACAAAGGUUACCCGAAAGAGGUGA